AUGCCGGGGCCGGAUGUAAAGGCCAAUGACAAUGUUCUCGGAGAGAUGUCGACGGAGCCAACAGCAACAGUGCACAGCGGUGUUGAGGCCAAGACUGAGAGGAAACUAACUGUCCUUGAAACACAUGGCUAUGUCCUAGGUAGAACCAUUGGAUCCGGCUCGUAUGCAACUGUCAAGGUGGCCACCAGCGAUCGACACAAUUGUCAAGUAGCAAUAAAAAUCAUAAGCAAGUUUCAAGCACCCGGAGAUUAUUUGAAAAAGUUUCUACCGAGAGAAAUAGAAGUGGUUAAGGGAUUGAAGCAUGAAAAUCUGAUAAGAUUCUUACAAGCAAUCGAAACCACCCAUAGAGUAUACAUUGUAAUGGAGUAUGCCGAGAAUGGCAGCUUACUUGACAUCAUCCGAAAAGACCAGCAUAUCGACGAGAUGCGCGGCCGCCGCUGGUUCAAGCAACUUGUCGAAGCAGUCGAUUACUGCCAUGAGCGGGGUGUAGUUCAUCGAGAUAUCAAAUGUGAAAAUUUGCUGAUGGAUCACGGUCUGAACAUAAAACUAUCGGACUUCGGUUUUGCACGCGGCCACAUGAAACCUAAAAACGGAGUGUAUUCCCUUAGUGAGACAUUCUGUGGCAGCUACGCAUACGCCUCUCCUGAAAUCCUGAAAGGAGUCCCGUAUAGGCCUCAAGAUUCUGACAUUUGGAGUAUGGGUGUUGUGCUCUAUGCUAUUGUCUACGGACGUUUGCCUUUCGACGAUACAAACUACACGCAACUUUUGAAGCAAGUUCAAAAUAAAGUAUCGUUUCCACGCGAGCCGAAGGUAUCGACCGAGUGCAGAAAGCUGAUCACCAAAAUAUUGUCGCCACUGAAGGUGCGCGUCAAGAUACCGCAGAUCCUCGAAGAUCCCUGGCUCAACCCUAACCAGCCAGCAAAAGACGAAGAGGUGGACACCGCACAGGUGGUAUCGAAAAAGUGA